CCGGCCUGUGCUGCAGCACCGGGCUAGCAGAGCCACGUAACGGCCGGGGGUCUGCAACCAUGGCGGAUAGGAAGACUAACGGUGGCGGAGCGUCCGCCUCGUCGAGCACUAACUUACUCUUCUCCUCCUCGGCCACGGAGUUCAGCUUCAACGUGCCCUUCAUCCCCGUCACGCAGGCCGCCGCCUCCCCGGCUUCCCUGCUCUUGCCCGGAGAGGACUCCACAGAUGUUGGUGAGGAAGAUAGUUUCCUUGGCCAGACUUCUGCUCUCACCUCCACCCCGCAGACAUUCAGUUACUUCUCUCAGGUACCAAGCAGUGGUGACCCUUUUGGGAACAUUGGACAGUCACCCUCAACAACUACCACCGUGUCAGCUGGACAGUCGGCGUUUUCCAAGCCCCCAGCCACACUCCCUUUCACAACUGGAUCCCAAGACGUGUCGAAUGUAUUUCUGCCACCGGUUUCCAAGGCUCAUCAUGGUGCUGCACCCCCCUCACAGAUGGGAGUAAAUACCUAUUUUCCUUCUCAGCCGAGCAGUCUCCCUCCAAACUUUGGGAGCCCUCCCCAAGGGAUUCCUCAACAAGGACAUAACCCAUAUCGUCACACUCCUGUCAGCAGCAGGGCGAAUCCCUACCUUACACCCCCACAGCUGCAGCAGUGCCAGACACCAGGCCAUCCCUCCUACCCUCCGCCUUCCGGACCCCCUGUGCAGACGUACCAAAUGCCUCCAGGACCGAUGCCACCGCUCCCUCCAUCAGUGCAGUCUCCAGCACAGCAGCAGGUACCCGCCAGACAUGCAGGACCUCCUGGACAGGGGCCAUCGCCUUUUGUGCUUCAGAACCAGUAUGAACCUGUUCAGCCUCACUGGUUUUACUGCAAGGAGGUGGAAUAUAAACAGCUGUGGAUGCCUUUCAGUGAGCUUGACUCUUUGAAUCUUGAAGAGAUCUAUAACUCGGUGCAGCCAGAUCCUGAAAGUGUGGUUCUCGGCACGGAUGGAGGGCGCUAUGAUGUCUACCUCUAUGACCGCAUGAGGAAGUCUGUGUAUUGGGAAGAGGAGCCAGCUGAAGUGAGACGCUGUACUUGGUUUUACAAGGGGGACACAGAUAGCAGAUUUAUCCCCUACACAGAGGAGUUCAGUGAGAAGCUCGAGGCCGAGUACAAAAAAGCUGUAACCACGAAUCAGUGGCACCGCAGAUUAGAGUUUCCAAGCGGAGAGACCAUCGUUAUGCACAACCCAAAGGUUAUUGUCCAGUUCCAGCCUUCUUCAGUGCCAGAUGAGUGGGGGACAACACAGGAUGGACAGACGAGGCCCAGAGUUGUAAAGCGUGGGAUCGAUGACAGUCUUGACGAAAUUCCUGACGGGGAAAUGCCUCAAGUUGACCAUUUGGUGUUCAUGGUGCAUGGCAUUGGACCCGUAUGUGACUUGCGCUUUAGAAGCAUUAUUGAGUGUGUGGAUGACUUUAGGGUGGUUUCUCUCAAGUUGUUGCAGACACACUUCAAGAAAUCUCUUGAGGAAGGGAAAGUCAGCAGAGUGGAGUUCCUUCCGGUUCACUGGCAUAGCGCCCUGGGUGGGCAUGCCACGGGCGUUGACAGGAAUAUCAAGAAAAUCACUUUGCCAAGUAUUGGUCGGUUCCGGCACUUCACUAAUGACACCCUGCUAGAUGUUUUGUUUUACAACAGCCCUACCUACUGUCAGUCAAUUGUGCAGAAAGUGGGAGUGGAGAUAAACCGGUUACACUCUCUGUUUUUGAGUCGGAACCCAAACUUCAAAGGAAAGGUGUCUGUUGCUGGUCACAGUUUAGGUUCUCUGAUAUUGUUUGACAUCUUGUCUAAUCAAAAAGAUAUGAGUGUCUCUAAGUCUCCGGGGUCCAUGACUGUUUCUAAUGGAGUUAUGAAACAGCCAGAUUUUCAGGAAAAGCAGGUACCCGAAGAGCCAAAGCUGAUGUCAGAUGAAUCCUGUGGACUUGAUGUUGAAAAUGAAGAACCCCUGACUUUGCAUGGAACCCUGGAAGCACUCAGCCUCUUUGAUUACAUUAGCACUUUUGAGAAGGAAAAGAUGGAUAUGGAAUCUUUGCUUAUGUGUACAGUUGAUGACCUGAAGGAGAUGGGGAUUCCUCUUGGGCCCAGGAAGAAGAUAGCCAAUUUCGUAAAACUUAAAGCAGCCAAACUGGAGCAGAGGAAAGCAGCGUCAGAAAAGAAGGCAGCCAUGGCUGCUGUGACGAAAGGACAAGACGACAGUGUCCUGAAAACUAAGGAGAUGGCUCUUCCUUCUUCAGAAAACAAUGAGUCAAAGAGGAAGCUGUCAGUUGGGGCACGCGUGUCUUCUGUGCAAGUUGAGUAUGAGUCUUUUGACGUUGGCACGGGACAGGUUUCUGUCACUUACAACUCGUUAGACUUUGAGCCGGAGAUUUUCUUUGCCUUGGGCUCUCCAAUCGGCAUGUUCCUCACUAUCCGCGGUGUGGAUAGGAUCGAUGAGAACUACCGCCUCCCUACCUGCAAAGGCUUCUUCAAUAUUUACCAUCCGCUUGAUCCGGUGGCGUACAGAUUAGAACCCAUGGUGGCUCCAGAUUUGGACUUGAAAGCUGUUCUCAUUCCACAUCACAAAGGCAGAAAGAGGCUUCACUUAGAGUUGAAAGAGAGCCUUUCUCGAAUGGGAUCUGAUUUGAAGCAGGGCUUUAUCAGCUCUCUGAAAAGUGCUUGGCAGACACUCAAUGAAUUUGCACGUGCUCACACCUCUUCAACGCAGUUGCAAGAAGAAUUGGAAAAGGUGGCCAAUCAAAUCAAAGAGGAGGAAGAAAAGCAAGUAGUGGAAGCAGAAAAGAUUGUUGAAAGUCCAGAACUUUCCAAGGAUGAGGACUACUUAGGAAAGGUUGGAAUGUUAAAUGGAGGCCGCCGGAUUGACUAUGUUCUUCAAGAAAAGCCAAUAGAGAGUUUUAAUGAAUAUCUUUUCGCUCUUCAGAGUCACUUAUGCUAUUGGGAAUCUGAAGAUACUGCCCUCUUGUUACUUAAAGAAAUUUAUCGAACAAUGAACAUUAGUCCAGAGCAGCCCCAGCAUUGAGCAGACUUGCGUUUUACUGGGAAGUUCCAGCACGAGUGCCAUUGUUGGGAGGCCCCGUGGUGACCCACCCUCUUGGCUCCAGUGAUGAUGACAGAAGUGACUCAGCAGCAGUUGCUGACCUCGGCUUCUCAGAUGUAGGAAUUCAUUUUAAAAGGCACAGAACAGAAAAAUACUGGGGAAGAAAAUCAGUACUGCAUUUGGACAGUAUAGAAGAAAAACUGCAACCAUAAAAUAAUGCUGUGGAAAAUUCUCACAUCUGUUUAGUCGUGUAGUUACCAAAAUUAAGUGAAUCCUAAUGAAGAGAUACUAGUAGCUGUAAAUGGUUAUUUCUAUUUUUUGAAACUAUUGUCAGUGGGCUAUUAAACUUAACGUUUUUCUUUGUA